AUGCUACCAGCAGAAGACAAAACAGGAAUCUGGCUGCUCACUGGCCUCCUGGCUGUCAAUACCAUCUUCUUCUACGUGUUCAUUCUGCUAGUGAAUAUAAAAAAGUACAACAAAGACAAUCAUCUGAAUCCUGGAGACACCAUUAUUACGGCUAUCUCGCUGACAAGCUGUGGCCACCAAAUCUUAGCCUAUUUCUGGAUGACCAUGGACGAGGUAGACCGAGAAUGCCUGUACAACCUGCUUGAGUCCGUUCUCCUGACGCUGGUCUUCGGCGUCAGAUUCUCCAUCAUGUGGACGACCUCCUUCCUCACCUUCUAUUACGGCACAAAGCUGGUGAUCGAACCCAUCUGUUGCUACACCAAGAUUCAGGAGGCCAUCCUGAAGCACGUUUUGACCAUAAUCGUCUUUAUCAUCCUGGCUGGAUUCGCCACCUGCCUGCCCCUGUUGACUUUCAUGUCCCAUCAAAAUGCCACAAAAGAUGAGAGUGACUGUGGAGCUAUCAUGCCUGCUGGUAUCCCAGGCAAACUCUACAUGUCCUUUUACGUGUUCAUCUCUGAUAUUGUUCCCGGCGUACUUAUGAUCAAGAGUAGCAUUUCCAUCUCGGUCCAUCUUGCCAUCCACUUGCGUAACAUGAAGGCCAGUACAAACAGUUCUCACGCUCCUAAACUGGGCUCUCAGAUGCGGGUGAUCAAGAUGACAUUGACCUUGGUGGUGGUAUUUCUUUGUUUCCUGGCUGUUGACCUCUAUGUCCACGUAACGGUGGUCUUUCAGCACGAAAACACCAUCACAAUGACUAUCCUGUUCGCAACCAUUUAUACGAUGGUCAGCGCGUUUGUGCUUGUCUACGGGAGGAAGAGCUGCUGGACGGAACUUCUGCGCUGGUACAACCUCUUUCUAGACGAAUUCCCUUGCUUGCGCUGUCUUAAGGUUCCAGAGAACAAGAGCAAUUCCAAAAAUGUAAGCAAUGCAACAAAAUCCAAAGUCAAAUCUAGUCACAUGUGA